AUGGCCUCUGAAUCACCGUCGGAGACACUUGGUAUGGACAAACUCAUCCAACGCCACCCGCUGCAAAAGCUCCAGUCGCCCUCGCGAGGCGUCUCAGCCCUCCUUCACUCAGCCGGUCUUGCCAGCUUCGCCUACAGCUUCCACUGGCUGAGCACGCACCCCAACCACAUCAACAGCGCGUACGGGUGGCACUUCCAGUACCUGACCAUCAUCGGGCUGACGCUCGCCACCGUCACCUUCGUGCUGGGCCUGCUGGCCGACCUGACGCUGUCCCGGCGGCUGUUCGCCGCGAAGAACGUGCUGAGCAUGUGCUCGGCGCCGAUGGAGGUGCUGGUCAGCACGCUGUACUGGGGCCUGCGCGCGAUCGACCCGCAGCUGGUGGUGCCCAAGGAGCUGGAGCUGCCGCUCCCGACGGACGUCAGCUUCCACGCCACGCCGUCGGCCCUGCUGCUCGUCGACCUGCUGCUCUUCAGCCCGCCGUGGACCAUCACCGCCGUGCCCGCCGUCGUGCUCAGCACCGCCAUCGCCUUCCUCUACUGGUUCUGGAUCGAGCUGUGCUACUCCUACAACGGCUUCUACCCGUACCCGCUCUUCGCCCUGCUGGACCAGACCCAGCGCGUCGCCCUGUUCGGCCUGAGCGCCGUCGUCAUGGCGGGGAACACGGUCGUCUUGAAGCGCAUCUAUGCGCUGCUCAAUGGGUCGCAGAAGGCCGGGACGGAGAAGCCGGGCAGGUUGAAGAAUUAA